CACCUUUACCACCCGCCAUCAUGAAGUUCUCUCUUGCUCUCACCGCUGCCGCCCUCUUUGCUUCGGCAUCCGCUUUCACCAUCAAGUUCGACAACAAGUGCAGUUACGCUGUGUGGCCCGCUAUCGGCAAAGCUCCCAACGGUCAGCCUGACCCUUCGGUCGCCCACGGUGCCAAGCUCGCGGCUGGGAAAUCCAUCAGCUGGAGCGUCGCUGAUACUCAGAUUGGUAUCCGCGCAUGGGGCCGCACCGGCUGCGCUGACAACGGCACCGGCUGCAAGACCGGUGGCUGCAACGGCGGCAUGGUCUGCACCGACGGCGGCAUCACCGCCGGCGUCAUCCUCUCCGAGUACGGCUACGCCGACUUUGGCGCCCAGUACGGCGGCAAGCGCAUCUCCUGGGACCUGAGCCACGUCGACUCCUCGAUCAACCUCGCCACCGGCCUGCACGCGAGCGACGGCCAGAGCGUGCGCUGCGCGUCGGGCAACUGCCCUGCCAACCAGGCGUACAACAGCGCGACCGACUACGCUGCAGACCGCAACUCGCCGCUCGGUGCGACGUUCACGCACACGUUCUGCGCUUAGAGGGCUGGGGGUUUUCGCGGAGAGCUGUAACUUGUUUGUAUGGUGAUUAUCGUACCUGAGGUUUGCGGGUAGUUGGUUACACUGCAAGGUUCUUAAUGAGCAUGAAUGAAUCCAUUGGAUGAAAUCUAUGGGUAAC